AAAAUCAGACGCUCAGAUUCACCUUCAAACCAAACUAACAGCUUCCUCUGAGUGAGUCCAGCUACAGGAGAGAAAAGAGGAAAACUACAACACUGCUGCUUCAACCUGCUGACUCUCCACACACUGAAGCUUCACUCAGACUAAAUGGCUUCCAGAUCAGAGGAGGAUCUCUGCUGUCCGGUCUGUCAGGAGGUCUUUAGAGAUCCUGUUGUUCUGUCAUGUAGCCACAGCUUCUGUAAAGACUGUCUGAAGAGAUGGUGGAGAGAGAAACCAACACCACAGUGUCCAGUUUGUAAGAGACGAUCUUCAAGAGUAGAACCACCUAUAAACCGGGCCUUAAAGAAGCUGUGUGAGUCCUUCUUACAGGAGAGAGAUCAGAGAUCUUCAGAGGCUCUCUGCAGUCUGCACUCUGAGAAACUCAAACUCUUCUGUCUGGACCAUCAGCAGCCAGUGUGUCUCGUCUGCAGAGAUUCAGAAAAACACACCCACCACAGAUUCAGACCCAUUGAUGAAGCUGCACGACAACACAAGAAGGAACUUCAGGAAACUCUGGAGCCCUUAAAGAAGAAGUUAAAGAGUUUAGAAGAAGUUAAAGUGGAGUUUGAUCAAACAGCAGAACACAUUAAGGUCCAGGCCCGACACACAGAGAGGCAGAUUAAGGAGCAGUUUAAGAAGCUUCACCAGUUUCUAGAAGAGGAAGAGGAGGCCAGGAUGGCUGCACUGAGGGAGGAAGAGGAGCAGAAGAGUCAGAUGAUGAAGGAGAAGAUGGAGGCUCUGAGCAGAGAGAUAGCAGCUCUUUCACACACAGUCAGAGCCACAGAGGACGAGCUGAGAGCUGAAGACGUCUCAUUCCUCAACAACUACAAGGCUGCAGUGGAAAGAGUCCAGCAGCGCCCCCUGCUGGAGGAUCACCAGCUGCUCUCAGGAGCUCUGAUAGACCAGGCCAAACACCUGGGCAACCUGACCUUCAACAUCUGGAACAAGAUGAAGGACAUGGUCUCCUACAGUCCUGUGGUUCUGGACCCAAACACUGCUGGUCCAGAACUGAUCCUGUCUGAAGAUCUGACCAGUCUGAGACGAGGAGAGGAACAGCAGCUUCCUGACAAUCCAGAGAGAUUCACUGACCUCAUUGUCCUGGGCUCUGAGGGUUUUAACUCAGGGAUUCACAGCUGGGAUGUUGAGGUUGGAGACAGUACAGGUUGGAUACUGGGUGUGUUAGCAGAGUCUGUCCAGAGGAAGGGACAUGUACAGUCUGGAUUAUGGGAAAUAUUGUUAUAUAAAGGUAAAUACUUUGCACACUCACCACCAGGUCCAUUCAAUGAUCUCCCAGUGCAGGAAAAGCUCCAGAGGAUCAGAGUGAAUCUGGACUGGACCAGAGGAAAACUGUUGUUCUCUGAUCCUGAUACUAACACACACAUACACACCUUCACACACACUUUCACUGAGAAGCUGUUUCCAUUCAUUUACAAUGACGAUAAACUCCCAGUGAAGAUGUUACCAGUGAAGGUUUCUGUGACAGUGGAACAGAGUAAAUACUGAUAAAGAGGAAGAUCAGAUUUAUAUGUAUUUGUAUGUAAAAUUAUUUCAAUUAAUUAUUUUACUUUGCUUCUGAUUUUGAUGUUUGGUUCAUUUACUGUUCUCUCUUUAUCAGUACUGUGUCAUUUUUUGUGUACUAGUGCAGUACACACGAUACAAAAAAGUAAACAGAAACUAAAGUUAGGGAAUAAUGUUGUAUUUAACUACCAGUUACCUAUUCUAAUAUUUCAGGGCACAGUUUGAUCUGUUGAGCAACAAAGAGAGAAAAGUGGGGGAAGGUGGUGUAAUAGGUUCUGUAACACUUUAUAAACCUGCUGUAAUUUGUUUAAAAUUUAAAUUACAUAGUUCCUUUUUUAGUCUUGUUGUACUUUCUGAAUCACUACAUUUGUGUUUUUAGUGUGGAACAAACAGAGCUGCAGUGAAAAGAGUAUAGUCAGGAACAAACUGUCAACCUACAGCCUGUAUGUUACUGUACUGGACGACUGAUGCAGUACACCCCUGUACUUACAGACUUAGCCUGAUGUGGUCCUGGUUAAUGUGGACUGACACUGAUGUUACACAGCCUGAUGUUCACUGUGUGAUGAACUGUGUAUUUACAGCCUCUUACAGUGUUUCCUGUGACUUUAUCAUUAAACGGUGAAAUCACUGUUUCAGUAAGAAAAUAAAAAUAAAAUAAAUAUGACUCUCAAA